AUGAUCGCAAUCAAUCAAAUGCCUCUAUCCUUUUGUUCUAGUUCCGGUUUUAAACAAUUUAUGAGCAUAGUAGAACCAAAUUAUAUAAUAUGCAAGGAAGGUGCUAUCAAACAGAGACUCAAAGGAUUAAAAUCGUCGGUUGAAGUUCUAAUAAAAAAAGAACUUAAUGAUGCCAGGAGUGUAAGUUGUACAUCUGACUGUUGGUCAUCAAUAGCUCAAGAAUCGUACAUAACAGUUACUGCACAUUUUAUUGAUGAUCAAUGGUGCCCAAAAUCAUAUACCCUGACAACUCACAAAUUAGACGAUCGUCAUACAGCUUCAAAUCUAUCGAAUCAAUUAGAAAUUAUUUUUAAUAAAUGGGAAAUCGACCAAAAAAUUAUGGCAGUUGUGACUGAUAAUGCGAAAAAUGUGUUGAAUGCUGUUAAUUUACUGGAUAAUAUUACCGAAAAGGAUGAUUUAACAUGUGCCGCACAUACAUUACAACUUGCUGUCAAUAAUGGCCUAAAAUAUGAUAAAAUAGAUAGCUUAAUUCAAUUAUGCAGUAAGAUUGUUUGUCAUUUUAAGCAUUCGAAUUUAGCUAGUCAGUAUUUAAAAGAUAAGCAAGACCAACUAGGUUUACCAACAGAAAGCUUAAUUCAAAGCUGUAAAACCAGAUGGAACUCUAUAUAUAUGAUGCUUGAUCGACUUUAUAAAAAUAGGUGCCCAAUUUCAAAUGUUCUUGCUGAUCGUUCGUUGACUACAGCAGCAAUGGCACACAAAUUUGAAGUGACAGAGCACCAAUGGACAGAUGUAGAAACGUUAAUUAAAUUGCUUAAACCUCUACAAAUUAUGACCACGGUUUUUUGUGGCGAAAAAUAUUGCUCUAUUUCAAUGGUUAGGCCUCUUAUAAACGCAGUUAUAGAAAAGCAUUUAAAGAAUAAUGUAAGUGAUGAUGAAAUAACUGAACAUUUUAAAACUACUGUAAUUAGGGAACUAUCAGAUCGUUUUAAAUUAUUGUGGUGUCCUUCUAGUGUCGUGUCUGCUAGGCAAAUAGCGUCUUUCCUCGACCCAAGAUUCAAGGACUUAGAGCAUGAAACGGUUGAUGCAAGAGAAGAAAUUCGGACACGGGUUAAAAAUUUGAUAAAAGAAAUAGCUGAAAUUAAUUGCGAUGUGCAAAUUGAAACACUUGUCACUAAACAUCACGGUGCUCUUGAAUUUCUGUUCGGUGAUGAAGUAAAUUGUAAUACAGCUGAUUAUGACAUUCAGUAUCAACAUUACUUGGCAGAACCACAAUUAAAAUUUGAUUUUGAUGCACUAGAAUGGUGGAAGACGCGUGCAUCAAAAUAUCCACUAAUUGUUGCUCUGGCAACGAAAUAUUUAGGGAUACCAGCAACGUCAGUUAGUUCUGAAAGAUGUUUCUCAACCGCUGGAAACAUAGUGACGGCCAAGAGAAGUUGUUUGGCGCCCGAGACCGUAAACAUGCUGAUUUUUCUUCACCAGAACAAACAAUUAUUAUAA